AUGGCAACACAACCCGAAUCAACUCCGAUUCCGCAACGUAUUGUUUCAUCUUCCACACAACUGACAACAGUGCCGAUUGCGCCAUUUGCGGAACCAGCUGAAGCAAACGCAGCAGUACAAAAUGACGAUGAUCUGGGUCCUCUAAAGGAAAUAUCAGUUCGUAGGAGACAUUUCUCAAAAGUUCGAUCAGAUUCCAUAAUUCCAACCGAAGGUCAUGAGGGCAUUCUAAUUGCUCCAAAGCUUUAUAAAGGACAAUCGAUUGCUGUCUACACAAGUGGUGGUGAUGCUUCUGGAAUGAACAGUGCAGUGCGAUCAGUUGUCCGGAUGGGCCUUUACCUUGGUUGUCGAGUAUAUUUCAUUUAUGAAGGUUACCAAGGUAUGGUGGAUGGUGGUGAAUAUAUCAAGGAAGCUGAAUGGGAUUCUGUAUCAGACAUCAUCCAAAGAGGCGGUACAAUAAUUGGCUCGGCUCGCUGCAAAGAUUUUCGUGAACGUCCAGGUCGACUUCGUGCUGCUGAAAAUCUCAUCAAAAAGCAAAUUACUCAUUUAGUGUGCAUUGGAGGUGAUGGCUCGCUAACGGGUGCAAAUUUAUUCCGUCAAGAAUGGCCAAGUUUGAUUCAAGAAUUGUUUGCAUCUGGAAAAAUAAGUCAACAAGAAAGUGAAUCGUGCAAAAGUAUUCAAAUUGUUGGCCUUGUGGGUUCCAUUGAUAAUGAUUUUUGUGGGACCGAUAUGACGAUUGGUACCGAUACUGCGCUUCAACGAAUUAUUGAUGCUAUCGAUUCUGUAGUGUCAACUGCGCACAGCCAUCAACGUACUUUUGUCAUUGAGGUGAUGGGCCGGCAUUGUGGUUAUCUGGCACUUGUAGCUGCAUUAGCAUCGGAAGCAGAUUUCUGUUUUAUUCCUGAAUGGCCGGUACCGGUAGAUUGGCCAAUAGUGUUGUGUCAUAAAUUACAAGUAAUGCGACAGGAAGGAUCACGGUUGAAUAUUAUCAUAGUUGCCGAAGGGGCACUGGAUCGAGAUGGUAAGGCUAUUACAGCCAGUCAGGUACAAGAUGUAAUAAAAGAGAAGCUGCAUUAUGAUACACGUGUAACCGUGCUAGGUCACGUCCAACGUGGUGGAAGUCCAUCAGCUUUUGAUCGACUUCUUGGAUGUCGAAUGGGUGCUGAAGCUGUGCUUGCACUCAUGGAAAUGACUCCGGCAUCAGAACCCUGUGUAGUGUCCAUCGAUGGUAAUGCUAUUGUUCGAGUACCGCUCAUGCAAUGUGUUCAUCGUACCCAAGCAGUUCAAAAAGCGAUGGAAACGCACGACUGGGACACAGCCGUGAAACUACGGGGACGAAGCUUUCAGAGAAACCUGGAAACUUAUCGUCUAUUAACAAAAUUAGAACCCAAAAGCAAUAUGCCAUCGAAUGAGUCAUCAUCAUACAACGUCGCAGUCAUAAAUGUUGGAGCACCUGCUGGAGGAAUGAAUGCAGUAGUGCGUUCAUUCGUUCGCAUGGGUAUUUAUCGUCGCUGUAAAGUGUAUGGUGUUAAAAAUUCAUUUGAAGGGCUAGCAAACGGGGAUCUAAAAGAAAUGUCGUGGAAAGAUGUAAAUGGUUGGGUCAUGUAUGGUGGGUCAUUCUUGGGUACUCAGAAACAACUACCGGAUAAAAAUAUGGACCAAGUUGCAGCAACAUUAGAAAAAUUCAAAAUUCAUGGAUUAUUGAUUGUCGGAGGUUUCGAGGCUUAUCACUCCUGCUUGAUGCUUUCACAUGCUCGUAGCCAAUAUUCAUCACUUCGUAUCCCACUUUGCGUAAUACCUUGUACUAUCAGUAAUAACGUACCCGGUACAUCGAUUUCUUUGGGUUCCGACACUGCAGUUAAUGAAAUCUGUGCAGUGAUUGAUAAAAUUAAGCAGUCUGCAACGGGUACCAAAAAACGCGUAUUUAUUGUGGAAACAAUGGGCGGAUUUUGUGGAUAUUUGGCGACUCUUUCAGCUCUUGCAUCAGGAGCUGAUAAUGCUUAUAUAUUUGAAGAGAAGUUCAAUGUCAGCGAUAUCAUUGAAGAUGUUAAGGUUAUUGCCCGAAAAAUGCGCACUGGUGUACAACGGUAUCUUAUUGUUCGUUGUGAAUUGGCUAACAAGAAUUAUACUACACAAUUUGUUAAUCAACUUUUUUCGGAAGAGGGCAGAGGACAGUUCUCAACAAGAAUCAAUGUGCUAGGACAUGCGCAACAGGGUGGUAAUCCAGCGCCAUUUGAUCGUAACAUGGGUACGAAACUUGCUGCAAACGCUCUAGAAUUUAUUUUAGUUCAAGCAAAGAAGUACAUUGAUUUGUCAAGUGGAAUAACUAGUGCAACUGCUGCAGACAGCGCUACACUUCUCGGUCUAAAGGAUCGAAGAAUGGUAUUUACACCAGUUGAAGAAUUGGCUCAAGAGACCGAUUUUGAGCAUCGCUUACCGAAAGAUCAGUGGUGGAUGAGACUACGGCCUCUGUUGAGAAUAUUGGCUAAGCAUGAUUCCACUUAUGAAACAGAAGCGUUUGCAGUUACAGAUGUCGAGAAUGAACUCGACUAA